AAGAGAUUAAUUUAGUCUCUUUGGAAUCUGAAUCUCAAGAAGAGAUUAAUUUAGUCUCUUUGGAAUCUGAACUACAAAAGUUGCCAAACUAUCUAGUAUCUGCUAAAAAUUCUAAUAAAAAGAUACUAAUUGCCAAAUUUAUUCAAAAAAUAACCACAGCAGCCUCAUCUGAUAAUAUAGAUGUUGAAAAGAAACUUCAACAAAUUAAGCAAAAGGAAAUUCAAAAUUGGUAUAAUUACGCUGAAGUAUUUGAAGAUAGAGUAGGUCAACUUAUUGAAGAUGGUUAUGAAAAUAAUGCUACACAAACUGAAUUAUAUGAUGAAAUAUUUCCAUUAAUUUUGG